UUUAAGGUUGGGAUAAUUCUCCAUUAUUCCACUCUUGCAACAGUUCUGUGGCUGGGAGUGACAUCUCGUAAUAUUUACAAGCAAGUAACUAAAAAAGCAAAAAGAUGUCAAGAUCCUGAUGAGCCACCUCCUCCACCCCGACCAAUGCUGAGGUUCUACCUUAUUGGUGGAGGGAUCCCUAUCAUAGUUUGUGGAAUAACGGCAGCAGCAAACAUCAGAAAUUAUGGCAGCAGACCUAAUGCUCCUUAUUGUUGGAUGACUUGGGAACCCAGCUUAGGAGCAUUUUAUGGACCAGCCAGCUUUAUAAUUUUCAUAAACUGUAUGUAUUUUCUCAGCAUAUUCAUACAACUGAAACGUCACCCUGAACGUAAAUACGAACUUAAGGAGCCCGUUGAGGAGCAGCAGCGUCUGGCCACCAAUGAACACGGGGAACUGGCUCAUCAGGAUUCAUUGUCAGUGUCUCUAGUUUCCACAUCUGCUUUGGAGAACGAGCACAGUUUUCAAGCACAGCUGCUGGGAGUGGGCCUUACUUUGCUUUUGUAUGUCACUCUGUGGAUCUUUGGAGCUCUGUCAGUUUCCCUGUAUUAUCCCAUGGACCUGAUCUUCAGCUGUUUUUUUGGGGCAGCGUGUUUAAGCCUCAGUGCCUUUCUUAUGGUGCACCAUUGCGUUAACAGGGAAGAUGUCCGGCAUGCUUGGAUAACGACUUGCUGCCCUGGAAGGAGCACAUAUUCAGUGCAAGUAAAUGUUCAGCCCUCUGGUUCCAGUGGAACCAACGGAGAAGCCCCGAAGUGCACCAACAGUAGUGCAGAAUCUUCAUGCACAAAUAAAAGUGCAUCAAGUCUAAAAAAUUCUUCUCAAGGCUGUAAAUUAACUAACUUACAAGCUGCGGCAGCUCAGUGCCACCCCACUUCUCUGCCACUGAACACAGGUCCUCAACUUGAUAACAGCCUCACUGAACAUUCAGUGGAUAAUGAUAUCAAAAUGCAUGUAGCUCCCUUAGAGGUACAGUUUCGGACAAACGGACACCCAAGUCGGCAUCAUAAGAACAGGAGCAAGGGACAUCGCGCUAGCAGGCUUGCAGUGUUGAGGGAAUACGCGUAUGAUGUUCCCACAAGUGUGGAAGGAAGUGUGCAAAAUGGCUUACCGAAAAGUCGGCAGAGCAACAGCGAAGGGCAUUCAAGGAGCCGAAGAGCCUAUUUGGCCUAUAGAGAACGUCAGUAUAACCAGUCCCAACAAGAUAGCAGUGAUGCUUGCAGCACGCUUCCAAAAAGUAGCAGAAAUACUGAAAAAACGAUAGUUACCAACAACAAAAAAGAUAUUCUAAGGAAACCAAUAGCGGUUGAACUUGAAAACCAACAAAAAUCUUAUGGCUUAAAUUUAGCCAUUCAGAAUGGACCACUUAAAAGCAGUGGACAGGAUGGACCCUUGCUCACUGCAGACAGUACUGGCAAUAUUAGAACUGGGUUAUGGAAACACGAAACUACUGUGUAGCGUUAUAAUUCAUUGCAGGAUGAAUCCAUAUGAACUGUGAUUACGCAUUCCUUAAAGCUAUCAACACUUUUAAAGACUGUUUACAAACUCUAGGUACUUUAUGCAGGGAGGGAACAAAGAUAAUCUGCCAAGCAAAAGAUUGUAUUAUCUUUCCUGUUCUUACAAAGAUGAAGUCUUGGUAUUUUGUGGAAAAUUUUUUUGAAGUCUUGAGAGUUGCAGGAUAUAACUUUGUACAUUUUUAUUUUUUACCUGUAACCCUGCAGAUGUGUCCACAACACAUUUCAAAUUUGUAUUUAAAUGUAUAAUAAAUAGUAUUUUCCCGAGCA